AUGCCUAACGUCAAAGUACCGAUUAAAGAUCUUGUGAAUAGUCGUAAUCAGUCACCUGAACCAUACACCAAACCGCUCAUCCCACCUCUCAAUACUUCUCGUUGGAGAUAUACUACUUCGUCUACUCGAUCAACUCUCAAGUUACCUGUAGAAGAAGAAAGGAAUAAUACUGUACAAGAGAAAGAAGAGUAUUAUAAGAGGACGAAUGAAUUACAAAGGCAUUGCACCUCACCCGACCCAUUGAACUGUAUCUCCUCUCCUAUACGACCAGGACUGGAACUUGCACCACCAACUGCACAUCGAUUCACACUCAUCGAUUCAUAUCGACCAAGAAGAGCACCGGUCCAACCUCUCUUCCCUCCCGAAUUCACACCGCCGCUCGAGCCUGAUUCGCCCGACUUACUGGCUCUAGCCCCUCUACCCAAGCGCCGACCCGAGCCAACAUCAAAUACUCAUGUUGAUCAAGCAUCCGCACUUUUAGAACCUGAACUGAAUUACCACCAAGUCCCAAUCGUUGAACCAACGCCAGAUUCAACGGCGACAACAGGAUUGAGAUCGAAAUCAAGCAGAUCAUCUGGUCGCAGGUCCAUUCCUCCUCGACAACACAUCACUAGAUCCCGCUCUCAGACAGUCCUAUCUAGACCAAUCCCUCCUCCUGAAUCUUCCGAACCUGAUCCAAGGGAAGCUUCCCUAUUGGGAGAACUCAAAUCGACAGGACCUCCCUUAUUAGGAAUCACCUCAAGUGCUAAAGACACUGACCCCAAGCCUGUAAACUCAUCUUCUUCAUUAUCUCCUUGUCCACCAAGCGAAUCAUCCCUCUCUUCAGCUCCACCAGAUUCACCUCCCCUGCCUAUACCGGAACCGGCAAUAUUUAGCACCUCUUCAAGGUCUAUCAGGUCUACGCGUUUGCCGAAUGCUCUGAAAGUGAAGAUCUCACUACCAUCGCUAAAGGAGCAAACGCCAGUGUCGUCCAGCAAGAAGAAAGCGCCUGAUAAACCUAAACCUAAAGGUAAAGGGAGAACCACAAGGGGUCAGACUCAGAAGAAUCACGAGGUUCGAAAUAACGAGGAUCAAGUGUGUAUAGUAGGUAUUGGUAGUCGGAAUCGACCGGACCAGAGGGGAAAAGUAGAUUAUAUCGGGGGAGAUAAUAAAGAAGCACUUGAGGAUUUUAAAAGUAAGGACUGCAAGUCGGAGGGGCCGAUCGAAAGUAAUCAAAACAACCAGGUAGUAGAAGGUCGUAUCGACGGAUCUCACAGUCAACGCUAUCUGGGCUCGGAGAACAAAGAGCAAGACGCGAAGACUGGUGAUAAUAUCGAUAAUCCUGAGACACUUGCGCUAGACACCGAAGAGCCUGCUCCAUCUGAGGACGAAGCUGGAAAAAGUCCUGACAAGCAAGAACGGAAUUACAUUGGACACAUCGGUCAAGCGAUCAACGUAGUCGACAACAGUCACAGUCAAUCUACCAACGCUUUGCAAAACCACUUAGCCCAACUUCCCCUGUCUCCCUCAGACAAACCACUUUUCACACCAUCCAAUCAAAUCGGAACGUCGAUCACAUUCAACCCUCCCUUCCCACCAGGACCACCAGUUUGCUCAGAAUCACAGUCAGACAUACUCCCUGCACCACCUCGUCUGCACCACACUCUUCCGCCCAAACCAAUCAUUCCCCCUUGGCGUCAGGGGCAUCCACGUUUUCCCCGAUCGUCCGUGAAGAACACUGCACCGGUUAGACAUUCCACAAGGAUCGCCCUUCGCUCAGCAUCUGUUUCUAAGCCCGAAGAAUUAGAAACGGGAGAAACACCUGCGGAACGGAGGAUUCCUCAUCUAGCUGGAAACACCAUAAGCGAACAACCUCUGGAUACAACCGCUUCAUCCAGAUCUCGUUCCACCUCGGCUGUGAAGGAUAACCUCAAAUUCGACUUGAAGAAGGCUAUCGCAGUCGUCACGAGUCAAUACCCGAGCAUUCCGGUGAUCCCUCCCGUCCAAGCAGAGACCGGUCCGAUCGCGUACAACGGUCCAAUCAUGUCACCCUUACCAAAAAGACAAAGCAGGAGGCCUUCGCGAUUCCAAUCUCCUUUGAUGGAUAGUCUAGAAUCUCCUCCGCCUUCUGCUCCAACACCAAAGCAUUCGGCACCUACGCCCGAACAUGAAGGAUUUAGCGAUUCCAGUUUGACACCUCCACCCACCUCCCAAGAUCCAGCUUCUGCUCUGUCUACCGCGGUGCCCGAGACCGAGGAAGCUACCAAGAGAGGUAGAGGAAGACCUCACAAAUCAAUCGGACCAGUCGAAGAGGAACAAAUGGACAAUCAAGCUAAAGGAAAAGGUAAAGCCAACACCGAUACAAGUCCAACCCCUGCAAAAGUCACACCCGACGUCAAAAUUCCCAAAAAGGCUGGUAGACCAUCCAACAAACGUCUUAUUUCUUCUGAGCUGCUCCCUCAGUCUAGCUCGGCAUCGAAUACUGAAGGUAGUGUCAGUCCAAAAAAAAUUACGCUCAAGCUGAAUGUGGGCAAGAGCACCAAGUCAGAUACUCCUGAUCCUACAGCUGAUGCUGGGAAGAAGGCUGCAAAAAAGCAAGGUGGAGGAAAAAAGAGGAAGUCUGAAUCGCUCGAACCAGAAAACAAAGUCACUCCUUCCGGGCAAGUACCAAAGGUGAAAUUGAAUUUCAAGGGUCUAGGCGAAUCUACUCAUUCUCCAGCUCCUGCAACGCAGCCUACCACUUCGGAUAAGCAAGAUGGACGUCAAGUCAAGAAAGCUAAGAUGAAAGCAGCUACACCAGAAGAUAAAGUACCUCAAGAGAAAGCUAAGGCAAAACCUCAAACUCAGAGGACGACAAGGGAUUAUUCUAGCUCGGUGUCUGAAUCAGAGAAAGAAGAAAAGGUCCGGCAGCCCAACAAGAAGAAGAAAGUUCAGAGAGUCAUAGCGGAUGAGGAGAGCGAAGACUCAGAGAAUCAUAUCGAAAGGCGAUCUGAUGUGAAGAAGAGCAAUAAGAUACCGAAGAUAGCAGAAGAGGCAAAGGUUGAGGGUACUUCUGCUCUCAAAGCACCUUCGACUGCAAACUCAACUGCAAGAGGACAUGAUGAAGUGGAACACACUUCAAAAUCGCCUGGACAGACUAAUCGAUCGAAAUCUUCCCCGGCAGCGAUUGCGAAGCCGCUCAAGAAGAAGCCUCGACCUUCUGAGCCCUCGAAGAUCAUCUCCAAAGGUCCAGCUACUCCCAUCAACAAGUCUGAAGGAUUGGCAAGAUCGAAGUCAACAACUCAACUCGGUCAGAAUCAUGGAGUUGAAGAAGGAUCGAGUAGCAAAAAGGUUUUACCUGUUAAGAAACCAAUUGCGGCACCUCGACCUAGUGGGACUCCUGUGGCUGUGGCCGCAGCUAAACCUUCAGGACACGGUAUGGGAUUAUUGGGAAAUACCUUGGCUCUCUUACAGGGCACCAGUGGUACUCCCAAAGCCAAAGAGUUGAACAAGAAGGAUGGUGGGAAACAUACGAAGAAAGAUGUCAGUAGUCCCCAAGUAGCGAAGAGAGGCGGAUGGGGUCGAGAAUGGGUACUAACCCCUCAACAACAGAAAGAAUAUGAUGAUAGUAAACCUGAGAGAGACGCAGCGAGAAAGAGAAGAGAUGAAUAUAGGAAGAACCCUGUGAACCUACAAGAAGCCAAAGAUGCGUAUAAGGUUGAUGCGAUGCAACCCCGCACCAUACCUGUCCCCGGAUCAAAAGGUAUCCAAACUUCUGGCAAAGCCUCUGAGAUGAUGGCUGUGAUGUUAGGGUGGUGA